CCGCCCGUGGGACCUCCAUAAAAGAUUCGCGCAAUUUUGGGGCCGCCUCCUCAAAUUUGACUAAAAAAGGCGGUCGGUGGUUGGUGUGUUGACCAAUCAGAGCGUCUGGUUUGGACCCGCCCGGCCCUCGCGUGACGACACACGGACAUACCGCAGGCCGGCCACUCAAAAUAGCCCGACCGUCAGCCGGGAGAGACAUUCUGACACUUGUUGCUCGUGAACUGCGGAAGCACAGUCUGCCAAGUUCCCAACUCACUGUUUCUCCACUGCGCGACGACGACUUCUACUGUUCACCAUGCCGAGAGCUUUCCUCGUCAAGAGAUUCAAGCACAUCUGGGAGUCAGGCGAGCCCAAGGAAUCCGAACAGGGCGAGAUGGGAGAAGCCCCUGAGCCGGUGACGUUGGUCCCCGUGGACUGGAGUAAAGGUUACCACCCCGUUCCCUUCUUCAACCCGCUGGGCCUGCCGCUUGUCGCCCCCCACCAGGACGACCCCAGCCGACGGAGUCCUGUCGAGAGCACCGCUCUGCCCCCCUCCCCACCCCCAGAUGACCUCAAGAUCAAGGUCAACGAUGAGGACAACCUCAAGGGCGCUUCAACGCCCAAUAAACCCAAACAGACAAAGACCAAGAGAGAGCGGUCGGACAGCGAGUCGUCCGUGAGUCCGCGGGGCGGAGAGACGCCGACCGGCCCGUACCACUGCCCGGAGUGCGGCAAGCGGUACAGUACGUCCAGUAACCUGGCCCGCCACAGACAGACGCACCGGGACCAGCAGGACAAGAAGGCCAGGAAGUGUCCGCACUGUGAUAAGGUGUACGUGUCCAUGCCUGCCCUGUCCAUGCACAUCCGCACACACAAGCAGGGCUGUAAGUGUCCGUACUGCGGGAAGUGUUUCUCCCGGCCGUGGUUACUACAGGGGCACAUCAGGACACACACUGGCGAGAGACCGUUCGUGUGCCAGAUCUGUGAGAAGGCGUUUGCCGACAAGUCCAACCUGCGGGCGCACACCCAGACCCACUCGGACGCCAAGCCCUACGUCUGCGGCCGCUGUGGCAAGGCCUUCGCGCUCAAGUCUUACCUGUACAAGCACGAGGAGAGUGCCUGUCUGCGGAGCACCAAGGUCACCAAGCCAGCAACAACCAGACAGGCACAGAGGCAGGGCACUGCGGACAGACGCGAUCCACAGGCCCCCAUAGCAGUACAGGGGUAGACCUGACCUUGAGUCAGAUGGACAAUGUUGUAAGGGCAUGUAAUAGUCCUGAAACGGGCUCCACGUGCCAGACAACGCUAUACAUUACAGGCGGGUAAAACAGGCGGACUAUAUAUAGGCUCAGGUUAUAUAAGGAACAAUGUUGCAAGGGCAAAGCCAUUCUGGACAAUCACAUACAUGUAUGUGAUACACAGUGUCUACAGUUUAGGUGUCCAUUGUAAAUACGUAAGACUGGACCCGCCCACCAAGAAUAACACAGACCUUAACUCGAUGCACAGACAAAAAUUGGAUGUUGAACCUCACAUUUCUCCAAUUCCUGAUAUUAUUGAUAAGGAACAAUACUAUAAAAUGUACAUUUGAUGUCUAAUGUUGGAACAAUGUAGCAGACAUUACUUACUGUAUCAGCGUAUCUUAAGUGCCAAGAAUGUAGGAGGAUCUCCCAAGGAAUUUCAGGGACAGUGACCCAUAAUAUUUACGUUUGUUGUUCGCCAUGACGACGCAUACAGACGACCCAGGGAGGACUGAUGUGUGUGAAGUGAUGAGGCACAUAUGGACAGGUGUGUCUUGUCUGAAAACAACUGCAUUUAUCAAUGUACAAUCGCGCCUUCCAUGUUGUAUAGAAAACACUGAUCAUUCAAUUACAAACCUAGUUAAAAUUGCUUCGUCAAAUUAAACAGUCCCUCGUAUUGGCUGAAAUUUAACGGUUGUUGGUUUCUAAAUUUCACAAAUAAGUUUCUUUAUUUGGGUGUCUCUACAAUGACCUAAGUUAAUAUAAUAAGUUACUGCCGAUCACCAUUUGUUAGAUACAGAUAAGUUUCGAUGGUUUAAAUCAAAGUUAGUUUCUAUAGUGAUUGGUCGAAUAGUGACCACACACUACUGUAUAGGUAACGGUAUUUAUUUGUAAAAAAUGGUCUUCGGGC